CUCUACAGUUUCAAUUUCAACCCCACUCUGAUUCAGCCCUUCCCUGUGCAGUGAGAUUCUUUUGCCUCUUUGACAAUCUCCAUUUCCCCCUUUUUCUCUGGGUUUGUUGUCUUCCUCUGGACCCUGUUCCUCUUUACUCUUCACAAACUACACUUCUGGACGCACUAAAGGAGGCACCCAGGUAAGGUUUAAUGAAUGGUGGUUCUGCAUCUAGUAACUUAAGGGCAGCUCUCUCUUAUUGCGUACAGCAAGUGAGAAGUUAUGAUUAUCAUCACUAUCUUUGCCUUCUUGAACUGCCUCCAUCUAUGCGGAAGGCUGCAUUUGUACUCCGUGCCUUGAAUGUUGAAACCGCUAGAGCUAUGGAUGUUGCUUCAGACCCCAGGAUUGGACUUAUGCGCCUUGUAUGGUGGCAGGAAGCCAUAGACAAAAUAUUUGCCAAUAAAUUGAUUGAACACCCAACAGCACAGGCCCUGUCAUCUGUGAUAGCUGAGAAAAAAAUUAGUAAGACAUGGUUGAAACGAUCUGUUGAAGCUCGGAUCAAUGAUGCAAGAAGAGAGGUCACUGACAUCCCAGAAACUAUUGGGGAGUUAGAGAAAUAUGCGGAGGACACUGUAUCAACUAUGCUGUACUUGACACUUCAAGCUGGUGGUAUUAUGUCUACUGCAGCUGACCAUGCAGCCUCACAUAUUGGCAAGGCCAGUGGUAUUCUUUUGCUCCUUAAAUCCUUGCCCUAUCAUGCUGGUCGCAAUAGUCAUUUUUCUUACAUACCAACUGCAAUAGCAUCCAAGCAUGGGCUAUUAGUUAAGCAAGGAGACGGAGAAGAGAGAUGGUUGGAUUCUCGCGAGGGCCUUUGUGAUGCAGUUUAUGAAAUGGCAUCGGUAGCCAAUGCGCACUUACAGAAGGCUCGGAAGUUAGCUGAAAGUGUGCCUGCUGAGGCUCUUCCAGUGCUCCUUCCUGCAGUGCCUGCUCAGGUUCUCUUGGAUUCCCUAAGUAGGGUCCAAUUUGACGUGUUUGAUCCAAGGCUAACACGAGGGGUUCUGGGAUUACCACCUUUGUGGUACCAGCUUAAACUCAAAUGGACUUCAUGGAGAAGGAAAUACUAACAAGUUACCUAGCUUUACUCCACAGUUUGGCUGCGCAUUUUUUUCCUAUUUAUUAAUGAGUAUUUGUCUAUUUUUCUUAAUAAGUAUAUUCGGCCACAACUCUUCUUGGCAGAAGACACCCGGGGCUAAGGCAACCAUUUAGUGGUGAAUUUAAAUCACAUAUCAGCGCAUAAGUUGGGAAAACAAGGGGCUUCCUCAGCCAAUCUCGUGUCGUGUUGUACCACUUAAAAAAGUUGAAAGUUGAAAGAUGAUGGAUUUUUUUUUUUUGGUUUCCCAAUGCAUUCUCCAGCCGAUAGCUGAAGAUUAAUUCUUUCGAGGCAGGAGAUCAUAUUAA